AUGGCGACCCCUGCAGACGAUCACAGCGAGAAAGUUCUUGUUUAUCAUGAAUGGUUGAACGUUCUCGGACCACUUACAACAGGAAACGUACUCGAAUACUUUGCGGCGUGUCAACUUUUUUGGGAUCCACAAUGUAAUAAUAACAUUCUUCGUAUGCAAAGUCAACACCUUGGAACAUCUGUAAACUUGGACGAGCUCAAGAAUAUGAAGGGGAUCGAGUAUGCAGUGGUCCAUGCAGAACCGCCAACCUUGUUUAUAAUUCACAAGAGGGAGAGGCUCAGCCCGACCGAAACACGUCCUAUUGAAGCAUAUUACGUCUACAAGAAUACCAUUCAUAAAGCUUUCGACCUCUAUUCUCUUGUGUCAAACCGACUCUCAACUGCAGUCAAUUGUCUCAGCGACUCCUUGAGUCUUAUACGCCCCUAUAAACCCGAAUUUUCACCCCGAACUGGUUAUCAAUGGAACAUCAUUGAUGAUUCAGUAGAGGAGGGUGACGACUCGAACACAAAUCAGCUGCGUAACCAGCCUAAGCGCCAAGUAGCCACGAUACCAGGGAUGAUGGCUGCACUCCAGACAACCAGGUCGCAUAUGGAACAGCAAUAUCAAGAAAAACAAAAACGAGCAGAGCAGGAAGCAGCAGCCAACGCAGUAGCCAGCUCCGGGACCGCUCCCGGUACUCGACCAGCGAGUGUCGCUCCAAUGACCCCAGCCCCCGACGCCAUACCUCGUCCCCCGGAUGCGGACGCUUCUGCUAUUGCUAGUGCUGCAAAAACACCAGCACCCAAGGGGCAAGGGAAGAAGAAGCAGAAACGAUUGUCUAUGGUCGCCGAAAAGGGUGCCCAGUAA